CAUCGCACGUUGCGUGCGUUCAGACACGCAACAUUCCUCCGCGUUGGCUUCAUCGGACUGCCUUUAGGACCCGGGUUGCCUCCUUUGUAGUUGUUCGGAGGCGACAAGGGGAGACCGAGAUGCGCUUCUUCUCCUAUCACGAUUCACAUCGCGGCUGAGCGAGCCGAGCCGAACCGAACCGAACCGAGCUGAACGGGGCAGCUCAAAGCCAGGACCCGCUCGUCCUCCUUUAAUUGCUGUCCAUUAAAAGGCUAUUUUUUUAAAAGAAAUAAAUAAAAAAAAUUAAUAUUAUUUAUGAACCGAAAGCCUACAUUUCCCCGGUGAAUUUCGGUGGAGCAUGAGGCGCAGAGCCUCAUCUGAGGAGCAUUCCUCUUGUUGCCUCGGAAGGAUCCACGCUGCCAGCUGCGCUCCUGUGACGAACGGAGGACAACAGCGGUGAAUUCCUGCUAACUUUUCCGCGCAUCUUUUUUUCGUUUCCAGCGGCGGCAGGUGCUUCUUCUUCCACUUGAGAAGAGGGAUUCCCCCAGAAAUACUAGGGCUUCGUCUUUUGCAUCGCUGUGGGUCUCAUUAUCCCGGAGCUCCCGCUCUUCCCAGCGGCUGUCGGCGGAGCAGCAGCGAUGUGGAGCAAGGAGGGAAGGUCUUCACUGGUCUCCUGCCUGGUGGUGCUCGCGGCUCUCUGGGAAAUCAGAUCGGUGAACGCCGUGUCGGAGAACAUCACCCAGUUCACGCUCAUCCUGGACAGACUGCUGGAUGGAUACGACAACCGUCUCCGGCCGGGUCUGGGAGACAGGGUAACCGAGGUGAAGACCAACAUCUUCGUCACCAGCUUUGGGCCGGUCUCAGACACCGACAUGGAGUACACUAUAGACGUUUUCUUCCGGCAAAGCUGGAGGGACGAGAGGUUGACGUUUCACGGGCCGAUGAAUAUUUUGCCCUUGAACAACCUGAUGGCGAGUAAGAUCUGGACUCCUGAUACCUUCUUUCACAACGGAAAAAAGUCUGUGGCACACAACAUGACCAUGCCCAAUAAACUGUUACGGAUCAAAGACGACGGGACUCUGCUCUACACCAUGAGGUUAACAGUGCAUGCCGAGUGCCCAAUGCAUCUGGAGGAUUUCCCCAUGGACUUUCACUCCUGUCCUCUAAAAUUUGGCAGCUAUGCCUACACAACCUCAGAGGUGACUUACGCUUGGACCCGAAACGCUUCCGACUCGGUGGUGGUGGAGGAGGAGAGCUCCCGCCUGAACCAGUACGACCUGCUUGGUCAAACUGUUGGACAGGAACGCAUCAAAUCGAGCACAGGUGAAUACACAGUGAUGACGGCUCAUUUCCACCUAAAGAGGAAGAUCGGCUACUUUGUCAUUCAAACGUACCUCCCGUGCAUCAUGACAGUCAUCCUUUCCCAGGUGUCAUUCUGGCUAAACAGAGAAUCGGUCCCUGCCAGGACUGUGUUUGGCGUGACCACGGUCCUCACCAUGACCACUCUGAGCAUCAGCGCCAGGAACUCCCUGCCCAAGGUCGCCUACGCCACCGCCAUGGACUGGUUCAUCGCCGUCUGCUACGCCUUCGUCUUCUCCGCUCUGAUCGAGUUCGCCACUGUCAAUUACUUCACAAAGCGCGGCUGGGCCUGGGAUGGGAAGAGUGUUGUGAGUGAGAAGCAGAAGAAAGAGAAGGCUUCUGUGAUGAAGAGGAACAACGCCUACGCCGUAGCGGUGGCAAACUACGCGCCGAACGUGGGCAAGGACUCCAGCACGCUCCCGACCAUCGCCAAAGGUGGCGCUGUGGAUCCCGGCAAGGCCAAAACGGACGGCAAGGCCCCGGAUGCCAAGAAGACGUUCAACAGCGUCAGCAGGAUUGACAGGCUGUCGCGGAUUAUGUUCCCGGUUCUCUUCGGCAGCUUCAACCUCGUCUACUGGGCCACCUACCUAAACAGAGAACCGGUUAUAAAGGAUAUGGUCCCGUCCAACUAGAACCCGGCUUCGGACGGGUUCCGGCCUGUGGAAGAGACGAACCAAAUACCUCCAGCCACUGCGGUAGACAAACUUUUUGCAGUCCCGGAUUGCUGUGUGAUCCUCUUUCUCCACCCAUUUUCUACACCGUCUGCAGCACUUUUGAAGAAUCCCGGCUUUUGUAAAUGUGUACGUAUAUUUAUAUAUUUAAGGUUUCUUUGUGAUACAUUGUGUGGUUACUUUGAAUCAAGUAUUGAUUACUUCCUUAAAAGUUAUGUCUACGGAAACCUUUAUGUGGCCACUGUAUAUACAAACCAAAUGGAGAAAAGACCCUGGAAAUUCACACAUGCAUUUUAUUUACUAAAAUAUUUAGUGUGUUCACCUAUUGAAGGUAAAAUCACAGUCUUGUUUUUUUUUUUUUUUUUUUUUUUUUUUUUUUGAGUGGAAGGAACUGAAAAUAACGUUUUUGGUUUUGGCCAUAAUUAUUUGAGUGACAUAAUUUUUUAAAAAAAUGUUUAAGUAGAUAACACAUUUGUACAAUACUGUUCCUGUUUUAAACUUAUAGUCUGGGACAGAAGACAGUUGAAGCAAUCUUAACUAAAAAAAAAGGAAAAGGUUUAAAAAAAAGAGAUCACUCGUGUGUCAGAAAUGAUGUCUGUGUUUUUCCAGCGUUUGCGUGCCAGGUUUGAUUUCAGUGCAGUACUUCCAUAGAAAACCAAGAGAAAUCAGGGGGACUCUGGUAUGAAGUUCAAAAUAGGAAGUGAAAGUAUGAGCACCAGGAAGCACCGUCUUGGCUGACUGUUUAGCAUUAGCAUCAGCGUUAGCAUUUAGCUGUGUUCAUAUUUAAGGGAGUGACUUUACGUCAGCGCGUGGUUUCAUUUCGUCCAUAAGGAUUUUUUUUAAUAUACCUUCCUUCUUGUCAAAGAAUCAUUUCCAGCCUGUUGGUUUUCGGUACAUUUCAUAAUUAUGUACUUUGACGUUUUUGUUUCUGAGUAUGAAAUGGUGUCCUGUGCCACGAGUUGUUUUGUGUCGACCAUGCUGUAAUUCAUCCAGGGUUGGGGGACAUUUUGGAACAACCUACCGUUCAAAGUAAUCUUUAAUAAUCUAUAAAAUGAUUAGGGAGGGAGAUGUGGUUAAUAAUGCCUUUCAGCUGGAGUACGGACUGGAAUCAGAACCGAAGCAAAUGUGAAAAUAGUUUCAAACGAAGUUCUUAGAUAAUAAUAUGCAACUGCAUUAAGUCAUACAUGAUUUGAGUGCUUUCUGACAAUUUACCUCCAUAAUUGUGUAAUCAUAUGCUAUUGUUUAACCCUCCUGUUACAUUGCCAUUAUCGGCAAACCGGAUGAGAUUCAUUUUAUGUUUUGCACUUCAAGUAUUAUGGCUGAGCUAAAAAACUCAUAAAUUAUCUUUUGUGCUAUGUACUAAAAAUUGAAGCCAUUUUUCUAAAAAAAAAAAAAAAAAAAAGAAAGAAAAAGUGGCAGAAACAGUCACUUGUUGCAUUUUUUUUGUCAUUCUGCAAAAUAAUUAUUUUCAUUUUAUUUUUUUCACACAGUGUGAUGAAAAUGGUGAUUGUGUAGUUAUGACAUGGAACUUGCUUGUUGAUUUGUUUAUGAGCUAAACAUUCAUAAAAUGUUUCGCUGCUGUUGUUUUUUCACCAGAGUUUGUGUCACACCCCAUCACCUCUGAUUACAUUUCUCCCAGUUGGAUCCUGUUCACUCUGGUAUAUAUAUAAAAAAAACUUACAGAAAUGAGCCAUGAUCGAACCAAAAUAACGUAUAGAAAUCUCCAUAGUGACAGAUAUUUAUAUGGAUCUCCUAUGGCAACUACAAGUUGAUGUACGGUCUAUAUGAUCCAUCCCACAUUAGACAAAAGCAUUUCUCUCCACUUUUCUACUGCUGUUUUAAAUGGUUGAAUGCAUUAUUUCUCUGCAACCACUUUGUCUUAUUGUUUAUCUUUUUUUUUGUUUUUAGCUGUUUUUCUUGAGGGGUCAUUUUACGUCUCAAUGAUUUUGUAUAUCAAUGUUUUUUGUUGGUUUUGCUCUUGACUUUUUUGGUUUUAAAACUGCUUUAUACCAGUUUUCCAACUAUUCUGUGGUCCCUUGAGGAGAUUUUGUUCCAGUUUUAAACUAAUUGUCAGCAAAACACACACACAAAAUCCCAAUAGGAGAUUACUCGAAGUUGUAUAGCCAAUACAAAGAACCGAAUAAAAUCAAUAAAUUUAGGGUGAAAUUUGACAUGUUCAGAAAACAUGACAGAUAAAUUGUGUUUUUAUUAUUAUUAAUCUUCAUUUCUUGAAUAACUUAAAAACUGAGUGAAGCAAACCGAUGGAACAUGGAUACAAAAUGGAAGAGGGUGGCGACAUUUAAAAGAAAAAAAUGUAUGAAUUUGUAAAAAAGGAACGACCAGAAAGUCUUUUAUACUCCAUUUAGACAUGAUGUCAUCAAAAUGAUAAAUUCAUCUACAUUGCUGUCUCUUUUUAGUGUAAAUGAUACAGAUUUUAUUAAAAUGAUGAGAUGGAAAAACUUGAGGAAAAAAAGGUUUAAAAGCGAAGAGAAGAAGUGUUCUGUUUCUGUUUACAGUAAGACGAGUCGCCCCCUGCUGGCCAGCUAAAACCUUAUAGUGACAUACGCAGAGGUCAUGGUGAUAUAUCUAUUUAAUUCGGUUGUUAAAAAGACUAAAACAUUUCUGUGGAUUUGAGAUGACUGGUUGCUUUUGCAUUAAGCAAAGGAAAACAAUUUGCCUGAAAAAGACAAACAAAAAGAGGAACUGGAGGUAGAAAAGUGAACUGGAUCCAACUGCAGACAGAAGGAACAGAAAUGUAGAAGAAAUGCGUGUGUCGGUUUUACGUGUUUAACUUUCGAAAUGUAACAAUUGUGUUCUCCGUAAGCGAUGUUGAGAUUUGUUGCGGUGGGAGAGACAUUCCCUCGACAUCGUUGCUUCAGGCUUCCUCUGAAAUGUUUCCACCAUAUUUCAAGACAAAUCAGGAAAUCCUAAGACAUUUGAGAGCGACACCGCAAAUAUUCCAAACAUAUACACCUGAUUCUAACUCCAGUAAAACAACAACAAAAAAGGGUCAGACAUCUUGUUUUGUUUUUCUUUCACAUCCGGCUAAUCGUUUGUGUUUGUGGCCUGAAGUGAAAGGACGCUGUCGAGCUUUAAAGGAAAAUCAGAAGGUACAUGCGGUUGUCAUGUAAUUUAUUCACAUUAGCAUCAAAAUAGAACAGGAGCUACCAGUUGUUCUGCUUCACAAACAUCUGGCACGAGAAAAAAAAAUCUGAAUAUUACGUUAAAAUCCAUGUCUGUGUCAUGAAGUCCAUCAAGGUUCUAAGGACUAAUUUAUCCUCCCUGAAUUACAGAAAUGUGUGAUAUAAAACAUUUGUUGAUGAUUUUUGUUUGUCAUUGCAUAUGUAUAUAUCUAUAAACAAUCAUAUUCAGCCUCAUUUAUAUUCUCAUAAAGUGCUCUGAUUUGA